AUGGUGAAGUGCUUGGAGGAGAAUCCGAUGCGGGAAAUCCGCAUCGAGAAGCUCACGCUUAACAUUUGCGUUGGAGAGUCCGGUGACAGACUGACGCGCGCCGCUCGUGUGUUGGAGCAGUUGACAGGCCAGCGCCCGGUGCUAUCUCGCGCGCGCCUUACCAUCCGAUCAUUCAGCAUCCGCAGGAACGAAAAAAUCGCCUGCUAUGUCACGGUGCGUGGCAAGAAGGCGGAGGAGAUAUUGGAGAAGGGUCUGAAGGUUAAGGAGUAUGAGCUGACGAAAAAAAACUUUUCUGAUACGGGCAAUUUUGGAUUCGGUAUUCAGGAGCACAUUGACCUUGGAAUCAAGUACGAUCCGUCCACCGGGAUUUACGGAUUGGAUUUCUACGUGCACCUCUGCCGCCCGGGGCUGCGCGUGUCGAAGCGGAAGUGGGCCCGGGGACGGAUUGGCCACUCUCAUAAAGUGACUAAGGAGGACAGCAUGAGGUGGUUCCGGCAGAAAUACGAUGGCAUUGUCCUCAACCGCUAA